CUGGCAAACACAUUUCUGCGCGUGCGGCUUUAUAUUCCAAGAUGGCACCUCCCCUGCUCAACUCGUCCAAUUCCUUUGAUGCGAAGAAGCCGGUGACGUACAGCACCACCGCUCUGAAGAGAUGGUCCUGCUUAAACAAUAAUAAAGACCUUCCAGCAAUUCCUGAUGUCAAAGCUAUCCAUGUCUAUGAUUUUGACAAUACCUUGUUUAACAGCCCCCUCCCCAACCCACAGCUUUGGAAUGGUCUCACGAUUGGCUUCCUUCAGGCCUAUGAAUCAUUUGCAAAUGGCGGCUGGUGGCAUGACCCCAAUAUCCUUGCGGCCACUGGUCAGGGGAUUGACGUAGAAGAACCUUUAGCUUGGAAAGGUUGGUGGAACGAACAAAUAGUUGAACUUGUUGAAUUGAGCAUGAAGCAAAAAGACGUCCUUACAGUACUUCUCACUGGACGCGCGGAGAGCUCAUUUGCAGAGAUCAUCAAACGAAUUGUCAAAAGCAGGUCUUUGGAGUUUGACCUUGUGUGCCUAAAGCCCGAAAUUGGACCCAACAGCCAACGCUUUUCUAGCACGAUCAAUUUCAAGCAGAUUUUCCUUGAAGAUAUGAUAUUUACAUACAAGCAUGCCGAUGAGAUCAGAGUUUACGAAGAUCGUAUUAGACAUGUCAAAGGUUUUCGGGACUACUUUGAGCAGUUCAACCUCCAAUUUCUUGCUCCCAACUCGCAUCCAAUUCGGAAAUCUAUCACGGCCGAAGUCAUCCAUGUUGCUGAGAGCACUAGAUAUCUGCCACCUGUUGCUGAAGCUGCCGAAGUACAACGUAUGAUUAAUUCUCACAAUGCAAUUGUGACGGCCGCCUCCGGAAACGUCACCAAGUCGCCAUAUGGGCGCCUUCGAAUUCAUCGUGUAAUUUUCUACACCGGUUACAUGCUUGACAAUGCUGACUCCGAACGAUUGGUGAAAUAUCUUACCUUACCUAUGCUUUCACCCAGCCUCGUCGAUUCGGGGGAUGUCAAACUGAUGGCCAAUACCAUAUUGAUUACACCUCGCGCUGCGCCAAAGGCUAUCCUCGACAGAGUGGGUGGCAUUGGUAAGGUCGUGCGUUGGCGAGUCACGGAUACAGCUGUUUUUGAAAACAAGAUAUGGGCUGCAAGAGUAGCCCCUAUAUCCGAUUCGGAAGAUAUUUACACUGAUAACCCUGAUCCUGUAGUUGUCCUUGCUCUAAGGAGAGGUGCUCGGCCCAUUGACGUGGGAAGGAUACGCAACUGGAACCCCGUUUCCGAAGAAAAUGCCUUGGUUUUUGAUACCACUAUAGGAGAAAAAUUGGUUUUGCGAGUGGCAGAAGAUAACUCAGAUGAUGGAGAUGGAGAAGCGCCGAAUGUAGGCCGACCAUUCAAGCGCAGACACAAGUAUGAUACUCGUGACAACGAAGAUGUCCCUUCGUACCCAAAGGAGAAUCAUCGCGAACCAGGGCGCCCCCGUGGUGGUUACAAUGAUUACAGUCGAUCUCGCCACGAAAGACACCCAGAUGACCGACCGCCAAGGCAUUAUCAUGACGAGGAUUCCCGCCGUGGCCCACCCCCACCAGGCUACCGUGGAGGUGGUCGUGGGCGUGCGGGCCGCGGAGGUAGAGGAGGACGAGGACGAGGGCGUGCGCCUGGUCCCCGAGAAGGUGGCGGCUAUGCUGGAUACCGAUCUUUGGACGAUUAUCCUUCCAGCAGACCCGGCUACGAUGGAGCCGGUGACGAUAGAGGGGGGCCUGGGAGUGGAAAUCCAGUCAUGAACUAUUGAGAUCAUUUUUCCCUCCCUAUGGUCCCUGUUUCCGGUGUGCAUGUUGAUAUUUCCCUUUUGCUUCCAAUCAUGGCGUUAUACUAUGAAAUAAAACUAUCUCUACGUGUAGGAGCGGCGUUGGGGCGGGCUCCGUCUCCUAGUUGGGUUUUCAGUUCCUCGGAGGGCGUACGGUGGGAGAGAUUUGCUGGGUAUGUACAGGUGGAUAUUUUCUGCCAUUUUCCGACUUUAUGUCCGGUACAUAUAAUUCACGCUGUCAUCGGCA